AUGGAUGAAAUUUGUAAUGUAUUAAAGGAAUUUAUUUCACAAAGUGAAACACCAAGUGAUACUGAAAGUAUUUCACAAAGUGAAACACGAAGUGAUACAGAAAGUAUUUCACAAAGUGAAACACGAAGUGAUAAUACAAGAAGAGAUAACAUAAUUGAUUUAUUCAAAGGAUACAGCUCUAGCACAAAAGACAAAACAGAAGUUAAUUCAAAACUUAAAAAAAUAAACUGCAAUAAACUAAUGGUAUUUGAUGCUAAUGGUUUGUACGCUUCAGCAAUGUCGGAUUUAGACAGUGAAUAUCCAAAAGCAGAAAGUGCUAGACCGUUUCUACCAGAAGAAGAAGAAAAAAAAUUUGUAAAACUCUUCAAUGAACAGAAAUUUAUACCUAGAACAGCUAUUUUAAAAGUGUGGUUUAACUAUCCGAAAAACAUGUUCUUCCAACCGAUACCAGCUAAAGAUAAAAUCACUUUCACGAAUAAAGAAGGAAAAAAGGAAACUGGCAGUAAAAUCGGUUUUAGAAAUGGUUUCUGUUCAGAUGUUUUAACAUCGGUCGAUAUUCAAGAAAUAGUUAAAGCCGGUGGACGAAUUAUUAGAAUAUUAGAUGGUAUAGUAUAUGAAGAAAAUUUUAAAACUCCACCAUAUAGAGAUUAUAUUUUAAUUUUAAGAGAUCUUAGAAAUAAAUAUAAACGAGAAGGUAAUAUUGUGGGUAGUAAUUGCAUGAAAUUAUUAGGCAAUUCUUUGUAUGGUAAAUCUAUUCAGAAGGAUAGAAACACGAGAAAUCAUUUGUGGAAUGAAGUAACAUUUCAGGCUAACUUCGACUCACAUGUUAAAAACUAUGAAAAAAUAAAUGAUACUCAAUAUUUCGUUGAGACAAAAAUUAAAGAAAAAGAGAUUACUGCUUAA